CUCGUAGAUUUAUUAUUUUUUUUAUAUUUUAUUUUGCAGUUGACUUUGAUUCUAGUUGAAAUUGUUGAUUUUGUUUAUGAAUUUGAUCCAUAGUACUGGGAGGUUUAUGUUUUGAUUCAACAUCUGGGUUUGUUCCAGAGUUGGAGUAGUCUAAGAUCCAAUUUUGAUCUUUGCCCUUCUGAGGGUUAUCAUAUAAUAGAGAAGUGAGCUGAAUUAUUGUAUCAAUAUCAAAUUUGGAUUCUCAAUGAGGCUAUGGAGUUUCUCUCCAUUGGUUGGCCUCAUAGUUUUCAUCACUAUUGCAGUGCUCUUAGGAGCUUUCUCUCGAUCUAUUUUCGAUUCAAACAUCUUAGGCACUAGCCAAGAAUUUGAAGUUUUACAUAGAAUCCCAUCUAAAGGUUCAGGCAAGCCCCCAAUCUUUGCAUAUUGGAUUUCGGGAACUGGUGGCGAGAGCGAAAAGAUACUGAGGCUUUUAAAAGCAGUUUAUCACCCAAGAAAUCGGUAUCUUCUGCAUUUAGAUGCAGGGUCUAAAGAAUCAGAGCGGAUUGAUUUAGCUAAGGCAGUUCAAUCUGAGAGAGUUUUUAAGGCUUUUGGUAAUGUUGGUGUUGUUGGCAGAACUUAUGCAGUUGAUAGAACUGCUGCAUCUGCUGUGGCUUCUGUGCUCCAUGGAGCUGCUAUGUUGCUCAAGAUUAAUCAGAAUUGGGACUGGUUCAUUACGUUGAGUGCUUCAGAUUAUCCACUUGUGACUCAGGAUGAUCUCCUACAUGUUUUCACUUCGGUGCCUAGGGAUCUUAACUUUAUUGAAAGUAACCAUUUCAUUAUAUUAUUAAUUUCCACUCAUUAAGCUUAGUUCUGCUAAUGCAGGUCUGGGAGAUUUGAUAGAAUCAUUGUAGAUCCGAGUCUUUAUAUGAACAAAAAUUCUAGGGUGUUCUUUGCCACACAAACACGUAAUACUCCAGAUGCUUUCAAGCUAUUCACAGGCUCUCCAUGGGUGAUCCUCACAAGAUCCUUCAUUGAACACUGCAUCAUCAGCUGGGACAACCUCCCUCGAAAACUCCUCAUGUACUUCGCCAACGUCCCCUAUUCCACUGAAGCCUACUUCCAAACCGUCAUAUGCAACACUCCUCAAUUCCGUAACACAACAGUCAACCACGACCUCCGCUUCUUUCUAUGGGACGAUCCUCCAAAACCCAACCCAGUAUUCCUAAACCGAACACAUUAUAAACCCAUGAUGAAGAGCGGAGCAGCUUUUGCUAGACCUUUUGGAGAGGAUGAAUCAGUACUCAAGAAAUUAGAUGAAAGAGUAUUGAGACGGUCGCACAAUGGUGUUGCUCGUGGGAAAUGGUGUUCGGGUUUGAUCGGAGGUGAAGAUGAUCCGUGUUCGAGUUGGGGGAACGUUGAUGAAGUUGAGGCUGGGAAGUGGGGGAGGAGGUUGAAGAGUUUGGUUGAGAGAAUUGUUUCUGAUGAGAGAUUGGCUUUGGAGCAGUGUAAGUUUUGAGUGCGGAUUAUGAUGGGCUUUUUAUACUUGAUGGAGGUAAUAGUUAAUAUGGGUUAGUGUUUGUUUGUAUAGAGAGAUACAUGUUGAGAGAAUUAGCAUAUUGUUGAUGAGGGAGGAGGAAUUUAGGAGGAUAGAUAAGAUUGAAAUGGUUCCAAUUUUUGUUGGAAUUGAUGUAUGAUUAUAUUAUGAGUGUAGCUUAACAACUUUUUCCCCAUAUGAUGAGAUUUAUACAUUUGUUUUUGAACU